GCCGGGAGGGCCGAGGCCACCGGAAGAGUCGCGGUCGCCAGCCGAGCGCUGUGAGUGGGGAGCGGAAGCGGUGGCGGGCGGCGCUGGGACCCGGGAGCGGCCGGAGAACAAGGGAGCUGGCGCCCCGGCCGGCGGCUGAGCGGGGCUAAGCAGCGGGCCUCGCCGAGCGCCGAGCUCUGUCGGAGAGGCCCGGCCCCGCUGCCCAAGCAGGCCGCACGCCGCGGGGCCGAGGCCGGAGCCAUGGGCGAGACUAAGAUCAUCUACCACUUGGACGGCCAGGAGACGCCGUACCUAGUGAAGCUGCCCCUGCCCGCCGAGCGCGUCACCUUGGCGGACUUUAAGGGCGUUUUGCAGCGGCCCAGCUAUAAGUUCUUCUUCAAGUCUAUGGACGACGAUUUUGGAGUGGUGAAGGAAGAGAUCUCGGAUGACAAUGCCAAGCUGCCCUGCUUCAAUGGCCGGGUGGUGUCCUGGCUGGUAUCGGCCGAGGGCUCACACCCAGAGCCAGCCCCUUUCUGUGCUGACAACCCCUCAGAGCUGCCUCCUUCAAUGGAACGCACAGGAGGCAUCGGUGACUCUCGGCCCCCGUCCUUCCACCCUCAUGCUAGUGGGGGCAGCCAGGAGAACUUGGACAAUGACACAGAGACCGACUCCUUGGUAUCUGCCCAACGAGAGCGGCCCAGACGGAGGGAUGGCCCUGAGCACGCCCGCCUCAAUGGAACCACAAAGGGCGAGCGGCGACGGGAGCCAGGUGGCUAUGACAGUUCAUCUACCCUCAUGAGCAGCGAGCUGGAGACUACCAGUUUCUUUGAUUCAGAUGAGGAUGACUCCACCAGCAGGUUCAGCAGCUCCACAGAACAGAGCAGUGCCUCACGCCUAAUGAGAAGACACAAGCGGCGGCGACGGAAGCAGAAGGUCUCCCGGAUUGAGCGGUCCUCCUCCUUCAGCAGCAUCACAGACUCCACUAUGUCUCUCAACAUCAUCACAGUGACUCUCAACAUGGAAAAGUAUAACUUCUUGGGCAUCUCCAUUGUGGGCCAGAGCAAUGAGCGAGGUGAUGGGGGCAUCUACAUUGGCUCCAUCAUGAAGGGUGGGGCAGUGGCGGCUGAUGGACGCAUUGAGCCGGGAGAUAUGCUGUUGCAGGUAAAUGAGAUCAACUUCGAGAACAUGAGUAAUGAUGACGCAGUCAGAGUGCUUCGGGAGAUCGUGCACAAACCAGGGCCCAUCACUCUGACUGUAGCCAAGUGCUGGGACCCAAGUCCUCGUGGCUGCUUCACAUUACCCCGGAGUGAGCCCAUCCGUCCCAUUGACCCUGCAGCCUGGGUCUCCCACACUGCAGCCAUGACAGGAACCUUCCCUGCCUAUGGCAUGAGCCCCUCCUUAAGCACCAUCACCUCCACCAGCUCCUCCAUCACCAGCUCCAUCCCCGACACAGAACGCCUAGAUGAUUUCCACCUCUCCAUCCACAGUGACAUGGCGGCCAUCGUAAAAGCCAUGGCCUCCCCCGAGUCAGGGCUGGAGGUCCGAGACCGCAUGUGGCUCAAGAUUACCAUUCCCAAUGCUUUCAUCGGCUCAGAUGUGGUGGACUGGCUGUAUCACAAUGUGGAAGGAUUCACCGACCGGCGGGAGGCCCGCAAGUACGCUAGCAACCUGCUGAAGGCUGGAUUCAUCCGCCACACGGUCAACAAGAUCACGUUCUCUGAGCAGUGCUACUACAUCUUUGGUGACCUCUGUGGCAACAUGGCCAACCUAUCGCUGCACGACCAUGAUGGCUCCAGUGGUGCCUCUGACCAGGACACACUGGCUCCUCUGCCGCACCCAGGGGCUGCCCCUUGGCCUAUGGCUUUCCCUUACCAGUACCCACCACCUCCGCACCCGUACAACCCACACCCAGGCUUCCCGGAGCUGGGCUACAGCUACGCUGGGGGCAGCGCCAGCAGUCAGCACAGUGAAGGUAGUAGGAGCAGUGGCUCCAACCGAAGUGGCAGCGACCGGCGCAAGGAGAAGGACCCAAAAGCUGGGGACUCAAAGUCAGGUGGUAGCGGCAGCGAGUCAGACCACACUACACGCAGCAGUCUGCGGGGGCCACGGGAGCGGGCACCAAGCGAGCGCUCAGGCCCAGCGGCCAGCGAGCACAGCCACCGCAGUCAUCAUUCACUGACCAGUAGCCUGCGCAGCCACCACACACACCCAAGCUAUGGCCCACCCGGAGUGCCCCCUCUCUAUGGUCCCCCGAUGCUGAUGAUGACCCCACCGCCUGCAGCCAUGGGGCCCCCAGGAGCCCCUCCAGGGCGUGACCUGGCCUCGGUGCCCCCGGAACUGACGGCCAGCAGACAGUCCUUCCGCAUGGCAAUGGGAAACCCCAGUGAGUUCUUUGUGGAUGUGAUGUGAUCCGGGCCCCUCUCCAGCUCUCACCCCUCAGCCGGCUGCACCCCCAUCUCAGUCGGCCUUUUUUUUUUUUAAACUUUGGUACCUGAAAGGGAAAUAAAUGGAACUAACUGCUACUGCUUGCUGGUAGCAGCAAGGAUGAGAAGUCUUUACUCAUCCAUGCUUCAGCCCCUAACCUGCCUCUAGCCCAGCUGGUGCCUCUGUCCACUAACCAUCCCCAUUCCACCCAGUUCCGGGCUUCCCAGGGUUUUUCAUGUCCCUGCCUCUGCACUGCUAGUGUUAAUUCCUGAUGCUCCUCCACCCGCACGUUUAGGAGCUAACCCCAGCAGUGCCACAUCUUAUGCCCACCUUCCCUCCUCGGUACCCUUUUGCCCACCUCCGUAAGCAUGUGUACAGAGAUCAGGAUAUUGCCCCACCAUACUGACACCAAAAAAUGGUCUUUCCCUUCCUAACUGGCCUGCCCGCUGCUUCAGACCUUCACCCUACAGCUGUAGCCACCUCUAGUAGGCAUCUGUGCUGUCUGUCCCUGCUUGGACCCAGCCCCAAUCAGAAGCCCAGAGAGCCAUCCUGCCCCUCCCCCCCCACAGGUGCCUGGGCCCCAUCCAUGCCUGCCCUGUGCUCUGGUUCCCCGAGAUCUAACCCUACUAACCAAUAGGCUCUCCUAACUUCUGAGCCUGAAACAUUUCUCUUCUUUUUUUCUUCCUUCAAAUUUCCCUGGGUCUGGAGCAGCCAAGAAUUUCGGGCUCUUUGACUUUCUGUGAGUCCCCAGGAAAGGGAGGCCCAGCCUCCAAGGAGACCAGGAACUCUGCUUCAGCUCCCUCAGGGCUUCCCAAGGAUGUCCAGCCCCCACAGGACCCACACUUCAAGGUCACUAGGCUUUUGGGAAGGGCCUCAGCUUCCCCCAUGCAUAACUGACUACUCUUUUCAGAGAGAAGUAGAGAAGUUCGCUCCCCUCCACCUCAUACACAUAGAUAUACAUACACAUGUGAGUCUCUCCCCCCAACCCCUGGUCUCUGUCUCUCUGUCUCUGUCUCUGUCUCUCUCUCACGCCUAUGCAAGUUUACAGAAGCCUCAGGGCUGGUCCCUGGCCAGAGGGCUGGACCCUUUUUCCAAGUCAUCUCCUAGAUAGUAGGGCUGGUCCCUGACGUCCUCUUCCCUUCAGCUAGCCCUUAAGCUUCCCUUACAUGUUCCCAACAUCUUUGUACUUAGAUAAAAGUCCAAAAGCUGGGGCUCACCAGAGGGCUCUCCGGUAACUGACAGAUCAUUCUCUACUUCCCUUCUGCCCCACAUCUCUGGGUACCUGCUCUGUUUCAUCUUCCCCAUGAACCCUGGGGACACAGGCCAGUUGAAGCUAUACGAGCAGACAACUGGGGCUUCCAGACCGUUCCAGUUAACUGUUUUCUACCUUAAAUCAUAAUUUCCUCCUUAAAACACCGCUAUAAACUCUGACUUAUCCAGACUCUUUAAAUUUUCAGUCAAGGGUGUCAGCUGAGGAAAUAGCUGUGUAGUGCUUGCCUAGCAUGCCCCAGCAAAUGUCUCCCCCAUCAAGAUGUCCUUAGCCCAGGUUUGGGGGCAACCUGAGGUAGGGAUAUUUUGACAUUCAUUUAACAUAUUUCCAGGGACUUUAAUGAACAAAGGGCUAUGUUAGAAGCAUGACUUGAUCUUCGCUGUCUUCAGUUCUCUCUGACUCUGCCUUUUCCUGUUCUCUUGAGAAUCCCUCACCAGUGCUCCCAUUAUCCUGCCUUUGGCUCAUGUCCCUUUCUUCCCCCCUUUCCCCCAUAGUGUCAGCCACUCUCUUCUUAAGCUGUUGAUGUGCUGGCCACUUCUAAAUCUGGAUCUCCCACCCCAGCUUCCCCUCUCUUUAGAUCUGUUUUUAUUCCCCACUGGACAUCUCCCCAGGCUUGUCCAUAUGUCCCCAGCCAAGUAUUAUUCCUCUCGAAUUCCUGCCCUUGUGACCUUCAUUACAAGCCACACCUACACGGGCUUAGUCAGCAUCUCACACCCUUAUACUCAGACACUCUGAAGUUCAGCUGUUCCUCUCCCUUCCUUACAUUACAGAGCAUGGGAUUUGGAGUCAGGUUGGUUUGGGCUUGAUUUCCAGCUCUAUCAUUUUUGAUUGUGUAAUAGAGUUAUUUAACCUCUCUGGAGCCUCAGUCCUCCCAUAUGUAAAAUGAUGAUAAUAAUACCUACCUCACAGGGUUGUUGUGAGGAUUUAAAUUAGAUAUUGUACGAAAAGUGCCUAGCACAGUGCCUGGCACAUAAUAGAGUAGGUGCUCAAUAAAUGGUAGCUAUUAUUAUUACUA